AUGAAACGAACAAACAGAACUUCCAAACCCUUUCGCAGUCCUUAUGUUCCAAAGUUGUGCAAAAAGCCAAAAAAAUCACAAAAAAUAAAUAUAAGAACUUUUGUAGAUGUGGAAUCUUUUGAAAAAACUGGUGAGAUUGAAAUUGAUGAUGAAAGAAUAAACCAAAUUGAAGGAAUAGACCAAAUUGAAGGAAUAGACCAAAUUGAAGAAAUUAACAACGAUAAUGCUGAAGAUGAAAUUAAAGAAACUAGGGCAGAUGAGGAAUUUGAAUACAUCAAUUCAAACAUGUACUUUACAAGUAAUAUGUACGAUGUACUAUUAAUCGAUGACAUUGAGGAAGACCCAUUGCAGUUAUGCAAUAUUUCUAGUAAUCACCUUACGGAUCUAAACUAUAAUCAUAUAGCAAAUGCCUGUUCUCACUAUCAAACCAAAAAACGAUUAUUAGAAAUUGAAUGUCAACCAACACAAAUAGAGAAGGAACAUCUAGCUACUAAAUAUGGGUUAAUAACUUCUCCUGGACCUUUUAGUAUCCUCCAAUGGGAUCAACACAUACAGUCUCUACAAGACAUAUAUCAUUCUAUGGGUGGAAAGGCUUGGACUUUGCUAAAUGCUACAUUUAAUAUACUUAACAAUAGUGGUAAAAAAGCCUUUAUAGAACAUUGGAAAACUAUUGAAAAACCUAGUAGUUGGGGCAGAUUGCCUAAUCCAAUAAGGCAUCUUGAGGCUAAAGUUCUUAGACUUGCAUUUUCAACUACAAUGACAGAAAGCACUUAUAAAGAUUCACUAAGAAAAGAACAUGAGAUGCUUAUUCAG